CCCCACAAGUUCCAGUUCAGUAAAAGGCGAGGCUCCGCCUCCCACCACCCCUCAAAAUUUGUAAAUAUUUUCACGAGAAAUCACCUUUUCUUCCGGUUUAUCAGUUACUAUUCCCUUAUGGCUGCAAUUAUACAGAGAAAAGAUUCGGAUCGGAUCAAAGGUCCAUGGAGCCCCGAAGAAGACGAACUGUUACAAACACUGGUUGAAAAACAUGGGCCCAGAAACUGGUCUUUGAUAAGCAAAUCGGUUCCGGGUCGAUCCGGAAAAUCAUGUAGGCUUCGUUGGUGUAACCAACUUUCACCUCAAGUUGAACAUCGUGCUUUUACGCCUGAAGAAGAUGAUACCAUUAUUCGGGCCCAUGCUAAGUUCGGUAACAAAUGGGCUACGAUAGCCCGUUUACUAUCGGGUCGAACAGAUAAUGCUAUUAAGAACCAUUGGAACUCUACUUUAAAACGUAAGUGUUGUUCUAUGUCUGAAGAUUUAAGCUUUGAUACGCCUCAACAGCCUUUAAAAAGAUCUUCUAGUGUAGGGAUGAAUCCCGGUAGUCCAUCUGGAUCCGACUUGAGUGAUUCAAGUCUUUCGGGUUCGGGUUUUCCUCAACCUCUUGUUUAUAGACCCGUUCCCCGACCCGGUGGGAUUUUCCCUCUUCCUCCAACUCCCGUUCAUCAGAUCGAAACUGCUCCAACUGUACCCGUACCCGUAUCCGACCCUCCCACUUCUCUUUGCCUUUCCUUACCCGGAUCCGGAUCCAAUGAAACCUCAAAUCAGUCAACCCAAGUUGAUAAACCGGUACCCGUACCCGAACCGGUGCCAAUUGCUUGUUUACCAUCGUCUUUUAUGGCUCAGAUUCCUCAAACGCAGCAAAGUUAUGAUUUUGGUGCACAAAAAUCAGGAGAGAAACAGUUUUUUACGCCAGAGUUUUUAUCAGUUCUGCAAGAUAUGAUAAGAAAGGAAGUGAAGAGUUAUAUGUCAGGGUUUGAAAAGAAUGGUGUUUGCAUGCAAACUGAUGCAAUAAGGAAUGCAGUCAUUAAACGUAUGGGCAUUAGCAAGAUUGAGUGAAUUAAUCAGUGAUUACAGAUUUAAUCAGGCAACAAUGGCAGCAGCAAAGCAAAAUGAGGUUGAAAUGUGAUGGAGGAAACAAUGGAUGGAAGAUCCUGUCUUUUUUUUUUUGCUUAAAUCUUUUUUUUUAUGCCUUUCGUAGAAUUCAUGGUUCUACAAAAAAAUAAUUUUGCAGUAGUGUACAGAUGGAAGGGAGAGAAGAAAAAGAAAAGAAAUUGGAAAACGUAUCUGUUGUUCAGGGAAAAAUGCAUGGAAAAAAAAUAUCCUGUGGACCAACCAACCAGAAAAAAAAAAUUGAGAAUCUCAUUGCCGUGUCUGUUGGAUGAACUGCUGCCCUAAAUUGAUAAUAUUUGACUAGUAAUUAAUUUAACAAA